GAAAAUUAGUAGAAGAAAGAAAAGUGUGAGGUUUAUUUGGUUAUAAUUAUUAGGUGAGAGAUCAGCUGCAAAUUAAAUAAAUAAAAAAUAUGGUUUUGCUUGAUAAACUGUGGGAUGAUGUCGUUGCUGGGCCUUCUCCCGAGCGUGGCCUCGGCAAGCUCAGAAAGAUCACCACCACCAAGCCCUCUCCCUUGAUCAUCAAAGGAGAAGGGGAGGUGGCGACGGCGAGCAGCAAGGUUUACCAGAAGUCGAUGACGAUGCCGGCGAGCCCAGGAACGCCGGUGACGCCGACGACGCCGCUUUCGGCGCGUAAGGAUAACGUCUGGAGGAGCGUCUUCCACCCGGGAAGCAACCUCGCCACCAAGGGCAUCGGCGCCGCCCUCUUCGACAAGCCUGACUCCCCCAACUCUCCCACUGUCUACGACUGGCUUUACAGCGGGGAGACCAGGAGUAAGCAUCAGUAAGGAGACCCGGCCGUACGAAGGAUCCGCAUGUAAAUAGUGUCGUUUUUCGUUCGUUCAGUACUGGCAACGUUUAUAUGUCUGUUUUCUAAUGGUUUUGAUUUUUACGUGUCGCUUAACUAAGACUUCGAUAUUUUCCCCCAAAAAAGAAAAAUGAAUGAAUGAAAGAAAAUGAAAGCCCUAGAUUUGAGCUUUGUGAGCUAAAGAUAAGAUUGACUUUAAUACUAAAGCCUGCAGCUUGAUCCGUACGUAUUUGUGAGAGUAUUCUGGAGUGGUGAUGAUUAUAAAUCUGUAAGAUUUUGUGUUACUGUUUUAAUUAGUCAAGAUCUUGGCCUUGAA